AUGGAAAUGGUGGAAGGAAAAACCCUCCCCUUUGAUGGGGGUACUUCCUUCUGUCCAAAACACUAGAGCGCGCGCGCACACACACACACUCACUCACUCACUCACUCCUGUUUACAGCCGCCAGGUGUUAACCUUGUUGUGUGUCGUCUGAUUCUGGCACGGGACCGUUAAUACGCAUUGUUUUGUUGGUUAACUGCAAACCUUUUCUCAUAAUGCGCAAACGAUACGUUUUGUGUCACGUUAGCUGAACGCGCACUCGCAGACUCCAGGCGUGUUGUCAUGUAGGACGACGCUGAAGAUACAGAUCAUCAUCAGCAGCAGCACUGCCUAUUGAAACGGAACGCCAUCACGGAAUUGUGCAAAAGCGCAAAGCAGCUAGCUGUCGAUUGCUGAAUGUAUUAAAGGUGUCUGUCUCGUUGCUUCAGGCUCGGAGGAUUUCACAUUCACAGAUGGCGUCAAAUUCUCGAGUGUCCAUUCUGGAUUACUUCAAUAUUGUCUUUGAGGGCGAAAAUGGCAAAAUUGAAUCUAACUGUAAAGCUUGUGGCACAAGGAUACAGGCAAAGCGGACAGUUACCUCUAACUUCGUUACACAUUUAAAGCGUAAACAUCAAGCAAUGUAUGAUGAGUUUUUGAGGAAAAAAGAUGUCAAAAGAGAGGCAUAUUCUUCUGGGGCAGUGCAGUCCUACACACCUAUAAGUGGGGCCAGUCGAGCAGCUUCUCAGAGUGGGGCGGGAACAACCAAAUUUGACCGGAGUGAUCCACGACAGUCCCUCAUUUCUGAAACAAUUGCCAAGAUGAUCAUCCGUGACUUGCAACCUGUGCAGAUUAUAGAGAAUGAGGGCUUCCGUGAGCUACUUAAGCUCCUUGAGCCCCGUUACGUCCCAGAACCGAGCCAUUACAUACAAAAGCAGCUCCUUCCGACUUACAGCUACCAAGUACAGCUAGCUACCAAGCUGGCUCUCUCAGGAGUCGAGUCCUGCAGUAUCACCCUAGACCUGUGCACGAGCAAUGCUGUGUCUGUCAACAACAGUUCUGGCUACCUGGGAGUGACAUGCCAUUUCAUAACCCCAGACUGGCAUAUCAAAUCCACACUGUUAUCAUGUAUUCCUCUCCAAAAUUAUAGGGACACACAGCGCAUGCUCACUGAGUUCGACGAGAUCUGUCAUGUUCAUGGUAUCUCGGGUAAGGUGUUUCGCAUCGUUGUCGAUCCCUCCCCUUGUGAAAGCCGAUCUACCUUCCGCCUGCCUGGUUUUUAUCUUCAUGGUAAUGGUGUUGUGGAAGAUGAGGAGGAAGAUAGUAGUGAUGAAGAAAAUGGUGCAAGCAAAGGUACGAAUGCUGUUAGUGGAGCAGAAGAGCAGAAUUCUUUAAAUCAGUGCCUAGGUCGUUGUAGGAUAGACUGCUUUGCCCAUUCACUGAGUCAGUGCAUACGAGAAGGGAUUUGUUCCUCCUCUCAGAUAUCCAAGACUCUCACUAAAGCAGCUUGCUUCUACAACUAUAUUGUUGCUACAGUGACUCCUGAAAAACUUAGUAAAGUGUUUGUUCCUGGCACAGUAGGAAAUGGACAGCGCCCAUCAGCUUUGGACAGGCACUGGAACACCCAGCUAAAGACAAUGCGACAAAUGCUUGAAUCAUUGGAUUUUUUGGAGGACAUUGUGGAUAGAAAUGACUUGGCUCUCAACAGUGUUGAAAAGGCCAGUCUGCAAGAACUGGUUGAGAUCUUGGAACCUUUUGAGGAAGCCACAGAUAUGGUCCAGGGAGACAAGCAUGUGUCUAUCAGUCUUGCCCUCCCCAGCGUCUUGGGCCUACGUAAGCACCUGGCAGAAGUUGUGACACACCAGUGUACAGGACUGGUAACAGGAUUGACUCAUGCACUGGACCAGAAAUUAGCUGGCAUCCUGGAGGAUCCUCUAUUUGUGACAGCCACUACCUUGGACCCACAGUUCAAGCUUUCUUGGAGCAGUGACCGGGACUGGCACAAGCAGGUUCUACUGGAGGAGAUGGGAAAGCACACCCAGCCUGUGAGUCCACCAGAGCCCAGUUCAGAUGCUCAGCCAUCCCCAUCUAAACGCAGCAGACUAUUCUCUUUCAUCAAAGAAAGGCCAUCCACACAGGCCAAGAGUAUGGAGCAGGAGCUGGCUGCAUACCUGCAUGAGGAGCCCACAGAUGAAAAUCCCCUGCAGUACUGGAAGCGCAAGUCUAUUGAUUUUCCUCUACUUUCACUAGUGGCCAAGAAAGUGUUUACAGUGCCAGCUACAAGCACAGCAGUGGAAAGGAUAUUCUGCCUCGUGGGCAAAACCCUAAGACCCGAACACUGCCAACUCCUUCCAAAAAACUUAGAUACACUGAUUUAUUUGAAGGCCAACUACAGCAUAUUGUGGUCUUAACUGCUUUACAAUUGCAUAUUUACAUGACACAGACAGUAGAUUUAGAGUUCUUGGAGUGGUUUUUUUUUUUUUUAAAUCAAAGGAUGCCUCAAACCCAAAAUCUAUGAGCAUAAAACUGCAGAUUCACCCAAAGUAACAUUAAACUGUUUUAGUCUGUAUACAGGUAAUGAGACAUUUAUUGAAUCAAUCAUUUGGCAUGUUUUACACAUUUAACCCAUUGUUGCCUCUACUUGUUUUUUUCCUCAUCAAUUGUAUUUACAUCUUUUCAUUUAUAAGACUCUCAUGCAGAGUAAUUAAAGCAUAGAGCUGAGCAGUUGAGGAAUGUGAGCCUAAUCAGGGAGGGACACAACGGUGGCCCUCUUGCAGUCCUAAAAGAGAACACUUGCUAAUUCAGAGCCGCUGACCUAUGACUAUUCCUGUUAUAAAAUCCAAAUAAAUGAUUAAGUUAACAACAGUAAUGAAGUUAAUCCUUAACACAACAGGUUCUUAAAAGGCGUUAAAAUGUAGAAUCUGGGCUCCCAUGUGGUGCAAUCGAAAAGUGUACUGACCAUGCCAUUGCCAUCCCUGGAAAAAAAUUGGGGAGGAAAUGGGGGAAAAAAUUAAAGAAAAUCCGGUUUCCAAAGAACACAGUUAUUAAGGGCAGUUCAUGCUGGAUGACAGCUGAUCAUCCUUGCAGUGGAAAAUUACAUGUAAGCAUGUGUCCCCCCCCAGACAUGAUUGAGAACUUGCAAAUGCCUUGGUGAAAGAGUGGGGUAACAUCUCACAGCAAGAACUGACAAAUCUGGUGCAGUCCAUGAGGAUGAUAUGCACUGUAGCACUUAAAGCAGGCAGUGGACACACCACAUACUGACUGUUACUUUUGAUAUUGACCACCCCAGUGCUGGGUGCUGGGUUUAUGUGCCAAAGUUAUACAUUUGACAGACAUGCCCCUGUGUAAGAGCUCCAUUCUACUGUUCAUGGUCGAGUCGUGCAGUGACGACUUGAACAGGACAGAGUAAAACUAGAGAAUUUUUAAAAAGU